CCCAGAUCGAGGUGUGUUCGUGAUAGCGGUUGUGUCUUUUCUUCGUGGAUGCUACUUUAUAAUCAAUUCAAUCUGAACUGAUCUAUCCCCCCCCCGACACUCACAUCGUCGACUUACCCUUGAAGCUUCCUAAUUUUUCUCGAGCCGACCUCCAACCACUGCACUCGAGCUGCGAAUCCGUCGCAAUGUACAAUCCCUACCAAGCUCCAGGUCUAUAUGGACGGCCUCCUGAUUACGGAGCCUACGGAGCUCCUCCCGGCAUGGCUCCUCCCCCCGGAAUGUCCGCCCCCGGAACUACUCCGCCGCCUGGGAUGCAGCAAGCGAAUGCCCAACAGCCAGGCCGACCAGCCGGCUUCCCUGCGAACUUCCAACCGCCUCCGAAUAUGCCUAACAUCAAUUUCUCGGCCCCAGUGAUUCGCCUGGGGACGUCGGGGCCCUCGAAGUCAGCUACGCCGGAUACAAGCAAGGAACGCGAAGCCCCGGGACGCCGUGCAGGGCUGGGCUCAUCGAAUCUAGAAUCUCAGCGCCAGAAUGUGCGAGAUGCGAUGAUGCAGCUGCAGCCUCCUACCAGGGAUGAGAUUGUGCGGACUCUGUUUGUUGGGGGUAUUACUGAGGGGGUUGGUGGCGACGAAGGCGUUGAGAGGAUACUGCGGUCUGCUGGAAAUCUUAGGCGCUGGAUUCGGGCCACGGAUGCGGAUGAGAAGCCGUGCAAAUUUGGUUUUGCAGAGUAUGAAGAUCCUGAGAGUUUGGGUACCGCCGUGGAGGUACUACAGGACGUCGAGGUGCCUUUAAAGAGACAGACGCCGUCGGAGGGUGGUGAGAAGGAGGAAGGUGAGAUUGAAAAGGGCAAGUUUCUGGUCGUUGUUGACGAGAGCACCCUGAAAUAUUUAGAGCAAUACGAGGCUAGCAAAGGCGAAGAGGAUCCCGCGGAGCGGCAAAGUCGCAUAGACGCUGCACGUUCUACACUCUCUAGCGUUCUCUCUGAUUUGUUCCACCCAUCAUCUCCCACUCAGAAAGAGGCAGUUUCGGCAAUUGAUCGCGAAGGGGACUCCACAAUGAAGGAUGCAGAAGGCCAAGACGGUACUUCUGCUGAAGUCGUCACUAUCCCGAUCACGGUUGAAGAUGAGCUGUCCGAUAUCCCUCCGGAAAUGAGGGAAACGGUCGCCAAGGAGAUUGCAGCCUUCCGUGAGAGAAGCAAUCGUAGAGAUAUUGAGCGUUUGAGGAGAGAAGAGGAGAUUGAAACCAUGGAAAGAGCGCGGAACUCGGGUUCUCGUAUCAAUCGACUGGCUUCCCCUCCACCUUCAGCCCCAAGCGGACCUGCUGCCGGUGCAAACGGGAUUCCUCUUGGCCCUCGGGACCGCAGCAUGCCGAAUGCGCCAUCCGGUCCGAAGGGAUUUGGUGUACAGAUUCCGAAGGAUUAUCAGAAGGGGGUGUCGUUUGUUAACGGAAGCUCUGUAAAUGGCUUUAAUCGUGAAGAUGAAGAAUCAGAUGCGAGCGAUGAGGAGCUGGAACGUCGCCGCCAAGAAAAGAAGGAUGCAGAACUUGAGAAGCAAUUCCUCGACCAAGAACGCCGCUGGCUCAAUCGGGAGCGGAGCAGAACUGCAGCUUUGGAGCGAGAGAAGAAGCGGGAUAAGGAAGAGGAAGCCAAAUUACAAGAAGUACGCGAGGAGGCGGACAGGCAACUUGCGGAGUGGAACGAUGAUACAGAGGCUAGCCGUAAAGCUCAUGACUACUACGCUGAUAGAGGAGCGUGGCUACGCAGCCGUGCAGCUUUCCGAGCACGUGAGGUCAGUAUGGACGAGGCCGACCGUGCAGCCGAAGAGCGUGAGCGGGCUCGCUCUGUUCAACAACGGGAACAGGCACGUGGUAUGGCAGACGACUUCCUUGCCCGCCAGGCAGAGGAGCUGGAGACCCGGACCCAGGCCCCUAGAGAGCCUCAGCGCUUCAAGCUCUCCCUUGGAGCUGCGGCACAGAAGGCUCAGGCUGCAACCAGCCGCCGGACCGUUGCCGAAGUCGAAGGUCUGCUGGAAGACGAAGAAGAACCGGAAGCAACUGCAAGACGCCCACUCAUUCCGAUAAAGUUCGAUAGCGCUGCGGAGGCUGCUGGACUCAGCGAGGAGGAACGUGCCCAAGCUGCCCGACAACUGGCGGCAGAAAUUCCCACCGAAAAAGAAGGAUUAUGGAAGUGGGAAGUCAAGUGGGAGUUCGUGGACGAGAACGUGGUCAGCGAACAGCUCAAGCCAUUCGUGGAGAAGAAGAUUGUUGAGUAUCUCGGUGUCCAGGAGCAGAUGCUGGUGGAUGUGGUGGAAGAGCAUGUUCGAAAGCAUGGAAAUCCCCAGGAACUGGUGGAACAGCUAGAGGAGGCUCUCGACGAGGAGGCAGAGGUUCUAGUCCGCAAACUUUGGCGAAUGAUCAUCUUCUUCUCCGAAAGCGAGAAGAGAGGUCUCUCGGGAUAAAAAAUGGCUGGAGGCUGGUCGACGCCCAGAUCAGAGCGACUCAAUCAAGACUUAGGAGAAUAGCACUCCUGGUUCACGAUACAACCAUGCAUUAUUACUUGAAAGCUCUUAACACUUAAAUUGAUAUCCGCCUCUCGGAGGCACAAAUUACAUUGCAUUAUGUAUAAGGAACAGUCCUCCAGCUUGUUUGUCGCUAGCGAAUGUAAACAUAGGUAGAGACAACCAGGACUCCUACGUAGCGAACGAAGUAUAUCUUCACUUGAA